GCGCCGCGUCUCCCGCGGGCAGAGAAGUAGAGGCAACUCCGCUCCCCGGGCCGGGCCGUCUCCUCCCCGCCGCCCUCCCCCGCCUCCGCCCCCUCGCUCCCUCCCGCUCUUUGUCUCCUGGGCGCCCGGCUUCCCCGCCACGCGCCCCCCGCGACGCCUCUUUCCCGGGGACCCCGCGGACCCCGGCCAACGCCACGCGGCGCGAAUCGGCCCUGCCAGGCGGGUCUCCGCGUCCGGCCAGGCCUGGCGGGCGGCGGGGGCGGGGAGGGAGGUGGCGCUCGCUCUUCGCUCUCCCCUCUCUCUCUCUCACACACACACAUACACACACACGCGCGCGCACACGCACACGCACGCACACACAUAAGGAGCAUCCUCCCGUCAGGUCUCCUGGUCCAGCCCCGCCCGCGCCUCCUGCUUCCAGAGAACCUGCUGCCUCUUCCCACCUCCCCCGCCCUCCAUCCCCUCCGGCUGCGGGACCCUCCCCGCCGACCCCACCCCCACCCCAACCCCCGGGAUGGAGUGGCUCGAGCCAGCCCGGAGCCCCCCGCGGCCGGGGUGACGGUCCCCCCCGCCCCUCUCCUGCCCGGCCCCCGCCUCGAGCACCAUGGGCCUGAGGGGUUCCCGGGGCGCCAGACGCUGAAGAUGACCGAUGCCGGAGCUGUCUUGAGUCAUGGCUUCUUCAAAGCUCCGAGAACCCGCGGAUGAGGUUUUUGACCUGGACUUGGCUGUGCCAGAGACCGCCAGACUGGACAGCAGUUUACACAAGGCCCGGGCCCAGCUGUUGGCCAAGGGCCGGAGACACCGGCCAUCCCGCUCCAGGCUUCGGGACAGUGCCAGCUCCGCGGAGGAUGGUGAAGGCUCCGAUGGGCCUGGAGGCAAGGUGACCGACGGCUGCGGGAGCCCCCUGCACCGGCUGCGCUCGCCUUUGCACGCAGGCCCGGGGUCCCCGGCGGGGGGCUCCUUCUGCCUGGAUCCUCCCGGGCUGCGGCGCAGCCUGGACGAGGACGAGCCGCCGCCCUCGCCGCUCACGCGCUACCGGCCCCUGCACAACACUGCCUCGCACGAGGGCCUGGCCGCCGCCUCCUGCUCGCCGCCGCGCUCCGCGCCCUCCUCCGACAGCUCCCCCAGCUUCGUGCGCCGCCACCCGCGCGCAGAGCCGCACAGCGAAGAUGACAGCCGUGAUGCCAGUCCUCCUGAGCCUGCCAGCCCCACCAUCGGCCUGGAUAAGAAGACUCGGCGAAAGUUCCUGGACCUGGGGGUCACCCUGCGCCGAGCAUCCACGGGCAAGAGUCGGAAGGAGAAAGGUAGCAACCGCCUGUCCAUGGGCAGCAGGGAAUCAGUGGAGGGCUCCAGCAGGUCAGGGGGCUCCCCGUUCCUGCCUUUUUCGUGGUUCACAGACAGUGGCAAGGGGUCAGCAUCCUCGGGUAGCACCACCUCCCCCGCCUGCUCCCCUAAACACGAGGGCUUCAGCCCUAAGAAGUCAGCUUCCCAGGAAUCAACCCUGAGUGAUGACUCCACGCCCCCCAGCAGCAGCCCCAAGAUCCCGAGUGGGCCCCGGCAGGAGGCCAAAUGUUCUUACCCCUACCACACGCUGUCUCAGUCUUCGGAUGAGUUCCUGGAUGAGCCCCUCCCCCCCGUCCACCAUUGGACCAGCCAGCAGGUGGGCCAGUGGCUGCAGAGCCUCAACCUGGAGCAGUAUGCCACCGAGUUUGCCGCCCGGCAGGUAGACGGGCCGCAGCUACUGCAGCUGGACGGAAGCAAACUGAAGAGCCUGGGGCUCAGCAACUCCCAUGACCGGGCGCUGGUGAAGCGGAAGUUGAAGGAGCUGGCAGCGGCUGCUGAGAAGGAGCGCAAGGCCCAGGAGAAGGCUGCGCGGCAGCGGGAGAAGCUCCGGCGCAGAGAGCAGGAGGCCAAAAAGAGCUAGGGGAACGCGCACAGGCGCUGGUGCCCGGCAGGGGCAGCCGCUGGCUCGGCGGGCACAGGCCUUAGCAGGGAGGCUGGGCCUGGGCGCCGCGCUUGGGCUAGCCUGGUCCCACGCUCUCUGGGGGGACACACCCUCUCUCACCCUGUCACUUGGUCUGGACCCAGAGCCCCCAGAAAGGGAGACCCCAGGGAGGGGGCUAGUAAUGAAUCCCAUUUUGAGGACUUGUUUGGCACAGAGUUCCUGGGGGAGGAGCAGAUGAAGGGGAGAGGGCAGAGAGGCCAGGGUUGAGGCAAGUCUGGGAGCCUGCAUCAGGCUGUCCCACUGCCCUCAGGCCGUCGUGGGGCAGGGGUGGAGGGGAGCUAGGAGGCCAGCCUGCCUGCCUGCCAGAGGCCCUGAGACGAUGGCUGGGCCCCAGGGCCCAGAGCUAGGCUGGGCGUUUCGGCAAGAGCAGGAGUGGGGCUGCUCCUCUCCACUCUCCCAGGCAGCUGUGUGGUGGGAGAGCUCUGUCCUGCUCCCCAGAGAGGCCAGUGGGCGCUGCAGCGAGUCGCACUCAGGGUAGAUCCUCAGCCAAACUCCAACAGGAGAGCAGAGAAAGCGGCCUGGGAUCAGUGCAGUCUUUGCCAGGACUCGAGAAGGGAGGAUGCACACCCCCUUCUUCCUCUCCCCUCCUCUGUCCUGUAGGUUCCAGGGGGUGAGAUGAUAUCGACACAGGUCUGCCUCUUGGGGGCCACUCAAGACCUGGUCUUUGACCCAGCCAGGACCCCCUUUGCUUCCUGCUGCUUCCUCAGAGGGCACCUGCGCCCUCUUUGGGAGCUGAGCAAACAGGAGCUGAUGGGGACAGAGGAUACCACUCCCACCAGCCAAGGCCUAGGAGCUGCCAACCUGGUCAACCCUCACCCCAGCCAGGCAGAGAGGCAAAACCUGGGUGUCCCCAGCAGCUGCCAGAUCGGAAAGGUUCAUCAGCCCUCCCCUAUCUGCCCCCGGCAUUGUCGGGGAAUCAGUGGGCUCAGAACCAGCAGGCGGUGUAAGCUCUGCUUCACUGGGCCACACCGAGGGCUGGGGCCAGCUCCCUGGAUGGGGGUGGAGUUUACCAGCAGCCUGGUAACAGCAUGUGUCCUUUUUAGGAAAUGUCCUUGGAGGAAGUGUCCAUGUGUGGCACUGGUCAGCAGCUAGCCCUGCUUCCAGGACACUGGUCAGAGUUACCAAUGGGGCCGGGGGGCUCCUGGUUAGAACCCCCUCCAGCUCCUCCCAUCUGCCUGGAGCGGCAGAUGGCACCAGUGCAUGCUGGCUCCCUCAUUCCUGCCAGGGGCUGAGGCUGACAGCCAGCACCCUGUACCUGGGACUCAGCCCUUAUCCCCGCUCUGCAAUCUGUGCUGGGAGAGGGGCUUCAGAGGGAAAUAGAUACGAGGACACUGGCACCAUCUGGGCCUGGUGGCGGGGCCAUGGGAGGUUGGGAGGCACCCACGUCCUUAAAGCCAUCAGUAGCUAUAGUGGGUGCCCACCUGCAUGUGAAGGGGAGGCAGUUCUCAAUUUAUUUCAAUAAAUACUUAUGAUGUGCCAGUGACCAGAA